GACAGCACUCUCUCCUGCGCGCCAUUGACACCAGCAACCACGUCAAGAAAGCCACUGGUACCCGUGGGACCCGGGAGAGUACCUCAAGCGAACACAUUGGCCGCGCACGGCCCCCUCCACCACCAGAACAAUGCCAACUCCAGAGUCCGAAUCGUUCAAAGCCGCGAAGCCAAAGGUUGCGCCGACCUUCGAUGGCGUAGACUACGAUGACAACAAGGCACUCAAGGCCGCACAAGACGCGAUUAUCAGAGAGCAAUGGGUUCAGAGCAUGAUGGCGCGAUUGAUUCGAGAGGAAAUGGGCAAGUGCUAUUACAGGGAAGGUGUCAAUCAUUUGGAGAAGUGCGGGCAUUUGAGAGAGCGAUACCUGCAACAACUCAAGCACUCGAAGAUCAAGGGAUAUCUGUUCGAGCAACAGAAUUACGUGCCAAAGACAGAGUAAGAUGUACAUUACGGAGGAGAGUACGAAACGGACGAAGACAUUAUACGCUCAAGAAAGGCUACUGAUGAGUGCAAUCAUACUAUCGGCACUUUCAACGCACGCGAGGCCACAAAUGUACAAACGCUUUCCAUAAUUAUCCUGACGACGUUGCGGAGUCAGCUGAGCUUCUACACGUUCAUCGCAUGGGUCUGUCGAAGCGGCACUGUAGCGCGCACAGAUUGGUAGCGAUCCCGGAAGAGUGAUGAAAUGGGCACAAGCUU